CUUAUCCUUUCUUCCUUUUCUUCUUGCCUUCGUUCUCACUUCUCACAGCAGCCGUGCCUCUGCCUCCCCGCCACGGCGCCACCGCUGCCGGCAGCCGCAUCUUCAGACGCGGACACGCCCCACCAGUGCCCCAACUAUCAUCACAGACGAAACCGGGGCCCUCCUCUUCCUCCCCACCUGGAGCAGCCAUACGAAACCGGGGACAUUGGAUCGAUUUUCCCCCUUCUUUUGCUGGGUGUUGAACUGUAUCACAUGCCGUACAUUCAGUUCGACCGUCACUCAGGCCACCUCUAAUGGCGUUGUCUUGCUGCUGCUAACUCCUCAUUGUGCAUUGGCAUUUCAGAAGGAAGGCUGUAUGCAGGCUUGUAACUUUCAGUUAAGCUCACCAAUGUCUCUUUGGUUAGAGCCAUGGCUGCCAUCUGCUGGAUUCCAGGUCGCAACGCAUAGUGGUUACCUUUCAGGGGGACCGGGACUAUCCAGGCUGAAAUGUAGAGUACAGUGCUCUCAGCUGUGGCACUCUACUAGUCCAGUUGAUAAUCAGAAAGAGAAGGACAGAUAUUCUUGCAUCGAUCAAUCAACAUCGUAUCUGCAUGUACAAUCUCUUAGGAACUUUCCGACUGAAAAACUUUGUGGAGAAGUGGUUGUGGUGCGUCUUGAUUCUGCACUUCUCUUGGGACACUUAGGACCAUGCACUUUCGCUCUUGAAAGAGCAUUGCUAACUAUCAAAUACUUGUACAAAGCAAGAGCAAAAGUGGUUAUAGUCACCAGCUGGGAUACACUUCUUCAAUCUGAUAAUCCAGAGAUUAAAUCAAUUGACUCUUUUGCAGAUUUUCUAAAUUCACCUUCGUUGUGUUUUAUUUUUAACCGAAAGGAGAAGAAGGAAUUAGAAUGUUGUAAAAGGGAGGUGUUGAGUUCGUAUACAGCAGAUGUACCACUAUGUGAAUCUGCAGAACUACAGUCCUUUGCCAUUGUUGAUGAGUACUUGUCAUCACUUCUUCAAGUAGAAGUCAUCCCAGUAGAUGGUGCACCUGGUUUAACAUCAUUUAAGAAGGAAGAGUGGGUGCAGAACAGCAUUAUUUUGUUUGAAAAUCUUCUGAACUUCAGAGGAGAAGUUGCUAAUUGCAAUGAUUUUUCUCAGAAGCUAGCUUCAGGUGCCACAAUAUUUGUCAAUGAUUCUUUCUCACUGUCCCAUAAGAUUCUUGCAUCAACUGUUGGCAUCACCCGCUACUGCUAUGCAUCUCUUGCUGGUUUCCAUUUUGAGGAGGAGCUUACGCAAUUGAUAAAGAUCACGGACACCAUGAGGCGCCCAUAUAUUGCAAUUAUUGGAGGCAGUAACUUCUUGAGAAAGGCACCUGCUCUUCGGAUGUUAACCUCUCUAUGUGAUGGGUUGUUCUUUGUUGGAAAAUUAUCAUUUCAAAUAAUGAAAGGCCUUGGAAUGCCAGUGCCCUCUCAAUUCAUAGAAACAAAUGCAGUUAUGGAAGUACUACAGAUUAUUCAAGUUGCUAGGGAUAGGAAUGUUCCUAUUUAUUAUCCAACAGAUCUCUGGUGCUUGAACAAUGACGGUGGAACAUUGGGAGUAAUUAGCUCUACUGGACAACUGGAUGGCUGGACACCAGCCGAUAUAGGACCAUCAACAUUGGAGAAAAUAUCUUCUAUAAUACCAUUAUAUAAGAAGAUACUAUGGAUUGGUCCUACAAACUACGAUUUAGCAGAAGAAUUUUCAGUUGGAGCAACACGGUUGGGUCAAAUACUGGAAAAAGCAAGCUUUGAUAGCUGUGAAGUUAUUUUAGUAGGGAGUGCAGCAUGCAAAGCAUUAAAACGAGAAACAGAUUCCUCAUCUCGAUAUAUAGAAUUUCAAAUUGCCACUGUUGUAUGGGAAUUCCUCAAAGGAAGAAUAUUGCCUGGUAUAGCAGCAUUGGAUAAACGUUACCCCUACCAGAUUCCAUGGAGCACUGUCUUCUGUGAUCCUACACUACCCUUAGUGGUUGAUAUUGGAAGUGGAAAUGGUUUGUUUCUUUUUCAAAUGGCUAAAAGUUAUGAAAGUUCAAAUUUCCUUGGGCUUGAGAUGAACGAAAAGCUUGUUAUAAGGUGCCUCCAGGGUAUGGCUUGGGAUGAGAAAAGGAACCUACAUUUUGUAGCAACGAAUGCAACGUCCACAUUCCACUCCAUAGUUUCAAGUUAUCCUGGACGGUUGACUCUUGUCACAAUACAGUGCCCAAAUCCUGACUUCAACAAAGAGCAAAAUAGGUGGAGAAUGGUGCGAAGAAUGCUCAUUGAAGCUGUUGCUGAUCUUCUUCAGACCAAUGGACAGGUUUAUCUGCAGUCUGACGUGGAAUCCGUUCUGCUGGGAAUGAAAGAGCAGUUCCUCUCAUACGGCAAGGGCCAGCUUGUCGUGGACGGUGAUGAUUGCGGCCACGGGAUGGACAACCCGUUCGGUGUGGUGUCCGACUGGGAGCGCCAUGUCCUCGCUCGCGGAGCUCCCAUGUACAGGACAAUGCUAAGGAAAGUGUGAUUCCAUCGUCUGGCUCUGAAGUCUGAACAUUGCAUUCUUUGCUUCAAACAUGGAAGACAUUGCCGAACAAUGUUCACGGCCAAAAUCGUAAAUUCAUUGGGUCCACUGCAGCAAAUCCUAGACAAGCUUGACGUGGCCACGAUUUCUGCGGCCAAUGAAACAUCA